AGGGUCUGGCUACUUCGUACAAGGGGACAAUCUGCUUGAUGGUGACUCAGUGAGGACUCACCCAAGAAAUAUCAAGAGAAAACAACUACUCUGGCCUUUCAUUCUUGACUAUUUAUUUCUCUCUGACCUGUAUACUUUUUGGAUUUCUAUCUCAUCUCGCGCCACAGCUACUCAUCUAAAUUUGCUAGAGACAGGUUUCUCGGGUCUUGGCAAGGUCACGAUGCCUUCACUCGAAGGAGCGACGGCCAUUGCUGGCCAGUCCAACACUGGCACGGCCUCAUCCGAACCAGAGAUCGUAUUCCCGCCUAUCACAAAAGAUCACAUCCUCAACUGUUCCUACGAUAGCUGGUUUCCGAAGUACAGACAGCACGCCCUCAAGUCCCGCAUCAUCAAGCUACCCCCCGAGUUCAUAGAUUAUCUCGGGGAGGACGGUAUCAUCCUCGCAGACGACGACCAAGCGCAAGAUGAGCGUCCAGAGGAAGAAGAGUGGACCGCUUCGGCCGCAACAAGCCAGAGACGCCGUCUGCCCGAGUCGGAGUCGGACUCAGAUUCGGAACCCGAAUCCGACUCCCGCCCCCCCAACGAACGAUUCCCCGAGCUACACCAGCAGAUCAAAGACACCAUUCGCGAACUGGGUGGCGCGGUUGCGCCCAAACUGAACUGGUCUUCGCCGAAGGAUGCCGUGUGGAUCUCGCCUCACCAGAACACGCUCAAGUGCACCACCCCCAACGACAUCUACCUCCUGUUGAAGUCUUCCAGUUUCGUGAGCCACGAUCUCGAGCACGUCUUUGACGAUACUACGGAUAUGGGGUCAUCGUCGGCAAAGUCGCCGUCUUUCCAGCCGGUUCUGGUCUUGCGUCCCUUCUUCUGUCCUCACCCGGCCCUCGAAUUUCGUUGCUUCGUGAAGCAUCGCUCCCUCAUCGGCCUUUGCUCGCGGGAUUUAAAUCACUACUCUUUCCUCGAGGCACUGCGUCCAGCCAUUGUCAGAAAGAUAAGCGACUUAUUCGAGCACCGACUUCGGUUCACGUUUCCGGACGGUUCGUUUGUGUUCGAUGUCUACCUGCCGGAGGACGGGAAUGCCGUAGACGGGCUGGGGCGGGUGCGGCUCAUCGACAUCAACCCCUGGGCACCUAGGACCGACAGCCUCUUAUUCGACUGGGGCGAGCUCUUGAAGUUCAAAGUCCCGCGGCCGAUCCUAGGCUCUGUUGUGAACCAGGAAGAGUUCGACGAAGUGAGCGGCACGGACGAGAUGACCGACGACGAUGAAGCCGACUACUUGGUGCCAGAACUCAGACUUAUGGAGAGGGAUAACCCUGCUUCGUCCAACUUCAGCUCCUCCCAGUAUUCCGCCCACAAGUUGCCCAAGGAGGUGGUCGAUGCUAGCACUGCAGGCGAAGGUGGCCUCAGGGAGUUCAUGCAGCGGUGGAGGGAGAUGACAGAGGCAGAAGGCGGUCGAGACGUGUGGGAGACAGGCCAACGGCAAGGAUGAUGGAAGCACUAUCCUCCAUGUACAACAUGUGGCAUCGGGAUUGGCGGUGAAAAGAAUAGCGAACGGUAGAGGUUUCAGUCCGAUUAGAAUUCACACGAUGCGAGCACCAUUCUGGCGAUGCCAGGGGCUGGCUAUUCUCUCCGUCUCUCC